GUAAGACAUCGCGUUUGUGUUGCACAGUUUGUCAGAUAUUCUACACAUUGCCAGACGACGAUGGACAAGCAGAUCAAACUGGAAGACUAUGGCGUUAACGCGACAACAGGCUUUUUGAUGGACGACGUUGUGGCUGACCUACCAGACUACUUUGAGCCGUGGAACAGACUGUCUCAUGACAUGGUCAAACUGACCGAAGCGGGUCAGAUGCGGGAUGAAAUUCUCAAGAUGCCUGUGUUAGAUCACUCUAAACUCAGUAGUGAUGGUCAGCUUUGGAGAGCUCACCAAAUCAUGGCUGCCCUAACAUCUGGAUACCUGUGGCAGAAUGGACCUAGAGACGUACCCAAGUGUAUUCCCAGGCAGAUCGCCGUGCCGUGGACGGAAGUGUCCAAGAGACUCGGAACGCGAGCCGGUCUCUCGUACGUCGACCUCACACUCGCCAACUGGAGACUCCUAGACACAGACAAGCCUCCAUCAAUGGGAAAUAUAGAGGAUAUUCAGCGCUUCCCUGGAGGAGAAACCUGGUCAUCGUUUAUCAAGUGUAACAUUCUGGUAGAGUUUGCCUUCGCUAAGGCAGUUGAGCCUCUUGAGAAUGUUCUCCGGUGUUUCGACGAGGCCGAUGAGGUUGGGAUCACAACACACCUCGAGGAAUUGACCGCGGCGUUGGACGGAUUCAUCGCACAACAAAAAGAUUACCACAAGUAUAUGAAUCCAGAUGACUUCUUUUUAAAGCUUAUACCAUAUUUUGCUUCGGUGAAUGAAGUGUCUGGAAGCCCUGAAGGAAUUAUAUAUGAGGGGGUGUCUGAGGAACCAAUACGGAUGAUGAACGCUAGUGCUGCGCAGACACCGGGAAUAAAAGUGGUGGAUGCGCUCCUUGGAAUCAAGCCUCAGUCUCAGCGACAGCCACAUCAGUAUGAAUUCAGAGAUUACAUGGUUCCGUCUCACGUUCAACUCAUCAAGGAUGUCACAGAGAAGAAUUUCAAAGACAUGGUGAAAAAGAGCACCAAUGAAAACCUGAAGCAAGCAUUCAAGACCUGUGUGGACACUGUGAUCAAAUUCAGAUCCUAUCAUGUACAGCUUGUGACAAAGUAUGUGGUGAUUCCUGCAAACAAGGCAACUAAGGGAAAUCCGGAAGCAUCAAAAGCAGCCUCUGAAGGAAAUGUCCAUUUGCUGUCCUUCCUGAAGGGAAUGAGAGACGACACAAAGGAGACAUCUCUAGAAUGAGACAAGUAACAUUGUAAUUGUAAUAACAAGAAACUGGUGUCACUACGACAAGCAGCAAUCAGGAUGACAAGAAAACUAGUGUUGUUAGAACAAGUCCGAGAGUACAUGGUGACAAGUUUCUACUUGUAAAGAUCACCAUGAUAACAUGUUAGUGCUUAUAGGUGAAUUGUGAAGAUCACCAUGAUAACAUGUUAGGGCUUAUAGAUGAAUUGUGAAGAUCCAUAUGAAUACAGCUUUAAUUACUUAUAUACUGAAUACGGGAACAUAAUAUUAUGAAGAGUUCAUUUCCAAAAUGCAGUUCAUCCAUUUACAUCUUUUUUUAGAAAAGUGGGGGUUUGCUUUAACAUAUGUAGAGUUUAUAACUAAGGUUAAAGUAUGUUUCGUAUAAUGACACCACUAGAGCACACUGCUUGCUUUUUUCCAUUAGUAGCAAGGGAUAUUUUUAUAUGCACCAUCCCACAGACAGGAUAGCACAUACCACCAUCUUUUAUAUAUGUCAUGAUGCACUGGCUGGAAUGAGAAAUAGCCCAAUGUGCCCACUUAUGGGGAUCGAUCCCAGACUGCCCUUCUAAGAUGAAGCACAGUUGUAACAUCCUGCUCACUGCAUUUUGUUGUAAAGUUUGUUGUCGACUUGUCGAGUGGUACUAAUAUCAAUAUACCUUCACUGUUUACUCCAAAAUGUGGCAGAUAUCAUGUUUUGAAAAUAAACUCUUCAUGUGCAGGGAUUUAUCCAGAUGUUCUCUGUGUCCGAAGACAGCCCCCUUCCCCCCAGAAAGUGGCACUGAAAGUUCCCAAUCGCUAUGCUAAAAAUUCCCAAUAUAAAUAUAUAGAUAUUUAAUAUAUAUCUGUUGUAAUAAAUUAAGUUGACGGUUGUAAACUGCAUCAUUCAAGUUCCCAGUCGCUAUGCUAAAAAUUCCCAAUAUAAAAAUAUAGAUAUUUAAUAUAUAUCUGUUGUAAUAAAUUAAGUUGAUGGUUGUAAACUGCAUCAUUCAAUCAUUCAGUGGCCUGGUGCUCUAGUGGUGUCGUUAAACAAAACAAACUUUUUUUUGUGGCCUGAAAAAAUAUUGUAAGUAUGAUUUACUCACACUAAUUUUCCCAAUCUCAUCCCACAUGGAACCCUAGCAAAAAAUCCUGGAUAAAUACCUGAUAUGGUAUUUGAGACCACAUUUACAACAUUUGCUUCUAGAAUGGUUCUGCCUGUAUAUAAAAUACAAAGAUGUGAUAUCGACCGUCAAUAACAGUUAUCUUCCUGAUUGUGUGGGCGAGGGUUCUGGUAGCAGUCUUUGUUAUAUAAGGUUGAGUGAAAUAUCUUAAAAUAUCAGUGAAAUAAAAGUGUUAUCAGUCACUCGGUGACGAUAACACAUUUUAGAGUGAAAAUUUCACUAUUUCACUCUUAACGUGUUAUCGUCACUGUAGAAAGUGUA